AAUUCAUCGAAGUGGGAAAGCCGGCCCGUGCCUGGACACCCUCCAGGAGGUGUUCCGCAUCAAGAAAUGGACCUACACCUGGUCGGAAUCGGUGAUUGAGCCGAUUAUGUUCAAGUAUCUGGACCUCUGCGUGGAGCUGAAGAAGUCCCACAUUGCCAAGGAGGGUCUGUUCCAGUACCGGAACAUGUUCCAGCUGGUGAAUGUGGGUUCGCUGGAGAACGUCAUCCGAGGCUAUCUGAAGAUGGCCGAGGAACGCACGGAAGCCGCCCAGCAGCAAUCGUCCCAGGCCAUACUUGACAUUGACGAUCUGGAUAAUUUGGCCACGCCGGAAUCGAUUCUGAUGAGCGCGGUUUGCGGCGAGGAUGCCAGGACCGGUCGGAUCGAACGAUUCUGCUGCCGUGGGUCAAGUUCCUGUGGGAAAGCUACUGUCAGUGUUUGGAACUGCUGA